UGUUGAUCGUGAAGCCAUCUGGUAAUUGCUUUCUGUCAACGAAAGUUAAUAGAACGUAUUUCAUCGCUCGUGGUGGAUUUUAAACCAGCAAUUCAUUCUGCAAUUUUGGUAUCAUCCUCAAUGAAAUACUGUUAAUUAUCACGUAAAUUGUUUCGUUUGAUUUUCAAGUAUCUCUCGGUGCAAUUUUGUUCACCAGAAUGGUGUACGAAAGGAGUUUAGUGUUUCUAGUUACUGGAUUGGCGAUAGUACUUUCUUGCUUCGGAUUUAUUGCUGAACGUUCAGCAGAUAAUCCAGUAGCAUGGAACGCUGCAUCGACCCCGGAAACAGAAGACAAGGUUAUCCACACUUCCGGUAUGAAAACGGAAGGGACUGGUAUCGACAAGGUGUUACAAAUCUCACAAUCAGGCACGAAGACGUCGACGGAAACUAUUGAACAAACGAGUCCUGAUGUUAUUCGCAAAAAGAAAUUUGGUUUUAUCUUGGAAAACGUGGAAAACGAGACAAAUUUUGCAAAGAUCGUGAAGGAUACUAGAGCGAACUCUGUGAAAGAUAAUCCAAUGACUGACAGCGGCACUUCCGCUCCACGAAACGUCGUGUUGGUUCUUGCUGAAACUGGUCAGGGUUCAGAUGAUUUUUGGAAGAAUUUCAGGUCCUCGCACUCGUUUUCAAUUGAUGGACUUCUUCAGAAUUGCGACAGCACUGAUAUAAACACGGCAAGAUUUUCCCUGGAAAGUGCAUUAAUUUCCGGAAAUAAGGAUAAGAAAUGCGACUGUGAACGCUUCUUAGGGUCAAAUAUUGUAGCAUUGUUGCUCUGGGCUCGAGAUACUAAAGGAAUGACGACAGCCUCAUUAUCCAAUGCGAAUUUCACGAUUCCUACACUGUUUGAGUACGAAGAGUCAGUAACUAUACAAAGAGAAUCAGACGAGCCCGACGAGAACAGCAUGAAACUAGAAAUUCGCAAAAUUAAGCCCGAAGUUCACGGUGACUGGAAUGCGGUAGACCUGGGGAAACCAAUUCACCGUGCUUCUCCGUUGAUUCCAUCUUCUAAUAACCGAGAAGACGGUAGAGACGAAACUAUGUGGGACGUGUUCGACAUGUUCUCCAAAAUAAGACUUGCAUUAUUCCGUUCCCUGCUGGAAUCUCUCGGAGGCAACAUAGCUACCCCAGAUGAAUCGAUUUCCUCUUAUAAUCCUUAUAUUCGUCGAGCAACUUUGGCAAACAUAAUUGGGAAACUGAAAUCUGUCGAAAGUGAGAAAGGUUUCAUAUUGGCUGUCACUGUACCUGCAAACGAACUUAAUUCUGUCAUGGAACUUCUACAAAGAGAAGUAUCUGAAGAAACACUUUUGGUGGUGACAGGAGUUUGCUCUCAGGACAAUAAACUAGUGCCAUUUUUCGCCCAAGGACCAGCAGAUAAGGUGCUUCGCGAGACAAAGAUAAUUUGGGAUCUACCUAUGACUAUUGGACACGCUAUUGCGAGUGGUUGUCAAGGUUCUAGCUGCAGGUUGCGUCGACAUGGUGCUCUUCCACUUCCGGUUCCUCAAAUGAACAUCGUGCCUCAUAGUAUACCCACUUUAAAGAGACCGUUCCGAGAUGCCACGAGGAAGACGAACAAUGGCAGCAAACCAGAUGCUUCAAUUUCCAAGGAUCACGAGGCGAAAAAAGUUGCAGAUUUGAAUUCAAAGGAGGGAGCAGUGAAAAACAAUGAAGGGAAUUCGAACCAGAAAAUCAGAGGGGCGAUCUCGACGUCGAAUUUAACGAAGGCGGAAAUAUUCACCACGGUUUUUGGCACCCUCGUCUCAAUAUUCACUGCAUUCACCCUUGCUUCUUAAAAACACUAUUGACCUCGAUUUCACAAUCGAUAACAGUGAUUUAUAAUUGUUUAUUUCUUUAUCCAGGUCAGUGUAAAAUUUGGUCAGAACAGAACAUUUUCAAUCUUGAAUAAUUUUUACAAUUUUGCUCCUUCUUGGGAGAAAAGAGAUAUUUAGAAGUAAAUUUUGUAUUGAAACAUUGAUAAUUUGUAUUUCAAUUUCUAUUGAACUUUAAAGUAACAUUCCAUAGGUUUAAUUAAAA